AUAGUCUGUGAGGAAAAAUAGAGAGUGUGAGCGAUAUUGUAAUGAGGUGAGAAUCAUAAAAGAGGGUUAUGUCUUUUGAGUGUAUAGUAUUUCCUGGAGUAUUUACUCGGGACUAUGGAGUAUAAAAUUUCUCAUUAUAGUGGAUUACUUUGCUCCUCUUGGGCCCGUGAUUUUUUCCUUAUUUAGAAGAAUUUUUCACGUUAAAAUCUUUGUAUCCUUGUUGUUCUUUUUAUUCUUGAUCACCGUAUCUCGGUACUCCUUUAUUACUCCGUUAUUAUUACCGUGAAUAUUAUUUCUGUGGGGGGUUUAUUCCCAACAUGUCCAAGUUGACUCGAACAUUACUGAGGUAGAAAAAAUUAUCAUGAAUAUUAACGACUUUGUCUAUAUGUUGUUGCUAGCUAAAGUUCAUUUCUCAAAGAUUAGUUAGAUUAAAUUAAAAUUGUUUUUAGCGUGUAGAUGACCAAUUCAGUUUUUGGCCUAUUUUUUUAUUUUCAUGAUUCCCCCCGCAUGACUAGUUCAUAUGUCUAUAGUAGCUUCUGAGUUCUGACUAGCAAAUAAAAAAAUACUUCCAAGAACUACAUAUAACCUCAACUAAAAUUCCAGAAUUCCAACCAAAAUCCUUAGGCAAAUACCUCUUUUUUCUAACUUCAUCCCUCCAUUGUAGAUAUAAUCCAAACUCAUUAGCACAGAAAACUGAUAUUUCACUAGCAGUAAAGUUGCCAUGGCUCAAUUCAGGUCAAUUCUCACAAUAAUUGGCCUUAUUUUUCUGUUCUCUUCAUUUACCGCUAAUGCAAAUGAACACCCUGUAGAUGAAAGGCCUGAAGAAGAACAAAGCAAUUCACAAGUCUAUAUUGUUCAUUGUGAGUUCCCUGAUCGUGAAGGCGCUAGCAGAUAUCAAGAUUUAGAUAGCUGGUACCUUUCUUUCUUGCCUGCAACAACCUCAGAUGGCUCUCGUGAGGAGCCACGAUUGAUUUAUUCUUAUCGAAAUGUUCUAACAGGUUUUGCAGCUAAGUUAUAUCCAGAUGAUCUCAAGGAAAUGGAGAAAAGGGAAGGAUUUAUUUCUGCACGCCCCGAAAGGCAACUUGAUUUGUACACUACACAUAGUCUCAACUUCUUGGGGUUGCACCAGAACAUGGGGUUCUGGAAUGACUCAAAUUAUGGGAAAGGUGUGAUUAUUGGUGUCAUUGACACGGGAAUUUUCCCGGACCACCCUUCGUUUAGUGACGAUGGGAUGCCCCCACCCCCUGCUAAAUGGAAGGGUAAGUGUGAAUUUAAUGUCACAAAGUGUAACAAGAAGCUCAUUGGAGCGAGGUACUUCCUGUCCUCAGGGAAUGGGUCACCAUGGGACGAAAAUGGACAUGGUACACACACUGCUAGCACAGCUGCUGGAAAUUUCGUGCCAGGAGCUAAUAUAUUUGGCAAUGCUAAUGGAACUGCAGCAGGCGUUGCACCUCUAGCUCAUGUUGCCAUUUACAAAGUGUGCUCAGGUAUCACUUGUUCUGAAAGUGACACUUUAGCUGCAAUGGAUAUGGCAAUAGAAGAUGGUGUCGACGUGCUUUCGCUUUCCCUUGGUAGACUUACUAAUAAUUUCUAUUCUGACAACAUUGCGCUUGGUGCAUUUAGUGCAAUGGAAAAGGGGAUCUUUGUCAGUUGUGCUGCUGGAAAUUCAGGACCAUCCAGUUUUUCAACGGCUAAUGAAGCGCCCUGGAUUUUAACAGUUGGUGCAAGUACCAUUGACAGGAAAAUUAAAGCUACUGCUGUGCUUGGAAACAGUGAAGAAUUCGAUGGAGAAUCAGCUUUUCAACCUAGUGACUUUCCUCCAACACUGUUGCCUCUUGCCUAUCCUGGAAGCAAUGCUAGUGACUCUGAUGCUAAGUAUUGUACCCCUACUUCGCUGAACAACACGAAUGUCAUGGGAAAGAUAGUGUUGUGUGAGGUUGGUAAAACUACGCGAGUUGACAAAGGAAAAGUAGUGAAGGCAGCUGGUGGUGCUGCCAUGAUUCUUAUGAAUACAGAAACCCUGGCUAACACAACGUUAGCCGAGGCACAUGUCCUUCCGGUGACACACGUUACCUAUGCAGAUGGUAUAAAAAUCAUAGAGUAUAUAAACUCAACAUUAAUCCCUACUGCAACAAUAGUAUUCAAGGGAACUAUAAUCGGAGAUGAUCGUGCUCCUGUGGUUGCUGGUUUUUCUUCCAGGGGUCCAAAUUAUGCAAGUCCUGGAAUUCUAAAACCGGAUAUUAUUGGUCCUGGUGUUAACAUCCUAGCAGCUUGGCAUGUUUCCUUGGAAAACAACACGAACACGAACUCUAAUUUCAACAUGAUUUCAGGUACCUCAAUGUCUUGUCCUCAUCUCAGUGGCGUUGCAACGCUGCUAAAAAGUAGUCACCUUGAUUGGUCUCCAGCUGCAAUUAAGUCAGCAAUUAUGACAACAGCCGAUGUCUUAAACCUCGGAUUGAGCUCCAUCGAGGAUCAAACAUACCUUCCAGCUAGCGUCUUCGCCACAGGUGCAGGGCACGUUAAUCCAUCAAAAGCAAAUGAUCCCGGCCUGAUAUAUGACAUUGAACCAGCCGAUUACAUAGCUUAUCUAUGUGGCCUAAAUUACACGGAUAGACAAGUUGGGAUCUUUUUGCAGCGCAAAUUUAAAUGUUCAGCAAUAACUAGCAUCUUAGAAGGUCAACUAAAUUAUCCAUCAUUUUCGAUCCAAGUCAGAAGCAACUCAACAGCUCAAACAUAUUCAAGAAAUGUGAUGAACGUAGGACAAGCCAACUCAACAUACAGUGUUGAAAUUGAUUCGCCACCGGGCGUUGAUGUGAAAGUUGAGCCAACUACACUUGCUUUUUCAGAGGUGAACCAAAAGUUGAGCUAUCAAGUGACGUUCACACCUUUGGCUACUAGACCAAGUACCAGUUCUAAUCAGGGAUCUCUCAGAUGGAUUUCUGAAAAGCAUAUUGUUAGGAGCCCAAUUGCUGUUCGAUUUUUCUUUUUUUAAAUAAACAAAUGAAGGUGCUGAUCUUACUGACGUGCAGAUCAAGAUUUUUCAUUUAUGAAAUAAAACCAUAUAUCAAGAUGUUAACUUUGGUUUAUUAUUCCGUGUAUUUACUCAUGUAUCUUACAAUGUAAAUAUACCAAAUAUUUAUCAAUAAAGAUUUAAAGCUCGAAGCUCA